CGCGGGCAGCACCGGCCCCGCCGCGCUCCCGCCGCUGCCCCGGGGUCCGGCAUGGUCCUGUCGGUGCUCGCCGGCGUCUGCCUGGCCGCCACCCUCGCCAUGUUCGCCACCGGCCUGUCUGACCUGCGCCAGAUGUUGGCGACCAAGAGUGUGGAGAACAUCCAGUUCCUGCCCUUCCUCACCACUGAUGCCAACAACCUGAGCUGGUUGGGCUAUGGCUGCCUGAAGGGGGAUGGGACAGUGAUCACUGUCAACGCCAUCGGGGCAACUCUGCAGACCCUCUACAUCCUGGUGUAUCUCUACUACAGCCCUGCCAAGCGCCCCGUGCUGCUGCAGGUCCUGCUGCUCCUGGCUGUGGUGGUCACUGGCUAUGGCUACUUCACCAACCUGGUUGACACAGGGAUGCGCCUGACACACCUGGGGCUCUUCUGCAGUGUCUUCACCAUCACCAUGUACCUCUCACCACUGGCUGACCUGGCCAAGGUUAUCCGGAGCAAGUCAACGCGGUGCCUGUCCUUUCCCCUGACCGUCACCACGCUUGUGGCCUCCAGCAGCUGGACACUCUAUGGCCUGCAGCUCCACGAUCCCUACAUCACAGUCCCCAAUGUGCCAGGGAUCGUCACCAGCCUCGUGCGGUUCUGGCUCUUCCAGCGGUACAGGCCAGAGCAGGACAAGCCCUACAGCCCCCUGCCCACCUGAGAGGUCCCCUGAGGAGCACCCCAACUCUGGCCUGGGCUGGCCCCACCACUGAGCCCUGAGUGCCACCACUCCCAGUGGGACACCAGGAAGGACCUCCUGCCUGCAGCCCUGCAUCCUUCAGUGAAGGCUCUGGAGCUCUCAGCAAUGUCUUUGGGGUGCCAUAAGCCCCUCAAAUCCCAGGGUGGGAGAAUAGUUUUCCGUGCCCAUGGCCCUGCCUGGCACUGGGAUGGGGCUUCCAGGGGUCCAAGUGUCACUUUUGUAUGGAUUCAAGUGCCUUUUAAUAAAUCAGAGACUUCCCA